CUAUCUCGGCAGAUACAUGAUAACAGCUGAUCAACAUCUAACAUGUUGUUGUACAUAUUUUAAUAGUAAACAAACAACAAUAGAGAGCAUUAUCAGACGCAGUCUUCAGUUUAAAGCAUAAAAUAUUUGUAAUGGCUUCCUGUACAGUAACAUUGAGAGCAACUGUGUUAUUUUUUGUUGGCACAUUUUUUUCUGUGGUGUUGAAUUUACUGCAGAAACAGCGAGGAAUACCUAAUUUUCCUAUGGAAUUUUAUAAUAGUUACCUUACAUCAGACUGGUGGGUUCACCCAGUAGUUGGUGUAGCAGCAGCAUGUAUAGGAUUGUUGUACCCUUUCUUUGACCAGAAAUUAGGAGAACCACUUGUGUAUAAAAGGGAAUGGUCAAGUGUGAUGAGAUGUGUGGCAGUAUUUGUAGGAAUCAACCAUGCUAGUGCUAGAUUAGAUUUUGCUGACAAUUUUCAACUAUCAUUGACACUGGCAGCAAUGUCUAUAGGUUUGUGGUGGUUAUUUGACAGAUCCGGCAGUGGGUUUAGCUUGGGAGUUGGCAUUGCUGUCCUGGCUACAUUUAUGACACAACUGGUUGUUUAUUCUGGAAUUUACAGGUAUACAAAAGCUGAUUUCCUGUUUGUAAGGUCAUGGGUUCCAUGUAUAUUUUUCUCAGGAGGUGUUACUUUUGGUAAUAUUGGUAGACAGCUUGCAGUGCCUGAAGAAGAAGAGGAAAAGGUGAAGAAUGAUUGACAGAAAUAAAUCAAGACUUUUAUUUGAUUAUAGAUCUGUAGACAAAAGUUUUAUUUUGUUUGUCAUAUUGCUGAAAUUACUCCAGAAUUUUAAUACAAGAACUAUAUCAGUCAUAUAAACAUACAGUGAAAAGUUUAUAUAAAUAUUGAUGUUAAAGUUAAAAGCUCAAUCUGGACAUAAAGUUCGUUGGACUGCGGCUUGGACAUUGUUGGAUGUAAUUGUAUUCAGUUUGACAUUAAAAGGAAGGCAGCAUAAACAGGACGAAUUGGCAGUCCUGUCAUGGCAUUAGGUUGGUAUUAAUUGGUGUUGCAUCAAACAUGUGCAAAUACAUUUUCUGGUCAUUUUGAAGAUACAUGUAUCAUUUGUUUUUUGGGUAAUGUUAUGGGCAAUAUCAUUGCUUAGCAGUUGAAUAUUUUACCAGGCAGAGUAAGAGUUUGUUGUGAUGUGUGACAUAAUGUGUUCAGUGUGAGUGUUAAAAGAGGAAAUGUCCUUAAAGUUAUGAUUUAUGAAUUACAUAUGUGUGUGAAAGAAUGAUUUAUUAAUGACAUAUGUGUGUGAAAGAAUGAUUUAUGAAUUACGUGUGUGUGAAAGAAUGAUUUAUGAAUUUCAUAUAUGUGUGUGACAGAAUGAAAAAUAUAAUGACAGUAUGAAAUGGAACAAGUGUUAUUGGGAAGUAUGCAUGUGUGAGAAUGGAAUUCAUGCUUUUAUGAAGUAUGCAUGUGCAAGAGAGAAACAUGGUCAAAUGUAUGAUUGAGUUUUAUGGGUCAGAACAGGGAAUGAAAGACAUUUAUCUGGUUUCUUAGAGAAACAUCAUUAUUGUUGAGUUACGAUAUGAGAGAAAAGUUUUUAAUAAAUCUAAAACAAGAAAAAAGUAUAAAUAAA